AUGGGAUUUCCACCCUUCACCCUAAAACAUCACACUGCUCCCUACCCAGGGAUUGAUCCCAGUCUCCCAGCUGUGAGCGCUGCCGGCAAGACAAUUCUCAUCACAGGCGGCGGAUCUGGAAUUGGGCCUCGUAUUGCGGAAGCAUUUGCAGUUGCAGGAAGUAAGCAGAUUGCUCUUCUUGGACGGACCAAAUCAACCCUUGAAAACACCAAAUCAACACUUGAAUCUAAACAUAGUGGAUUAAACGUUCUCACCUUCGUGGCGGACAUCACCGAUGCUUCGGCUGUUAAUGCUGCCUUUCAAGGAACGAAAGCAGCAUUUGGACCCAUAGACAUCUUCGUCUCAAACGCUGCAUUCCUACCAGAGCCGGUGCCAAUCAAGGACAUGGUCGUUUCCGAUUUCGUCCAGGGUCUGAACACCAAUGUUGUUGGGAACCUUAUUACUACACAGGCCUUUCUUUCGACCGCCGCUUCGUCCAAUGCCGUGCUCAUCCACGUCACCACCGGCGCCGUUCAUUUCCCCUCAAUGCCUAACUAUUCAGGUUACCAGACAAGCAAGACUGCGGCGCUGAAAUUCUUCGAAGCGGUACAGGCGGAAAACCCGAAUCUGCGCGUCAUGAAUGUGCAUCCAGGCUAUCUGCCAACGGAUAUGAAUGCCAAGUCUGCCAAGGGAGGUCUAGGCAGUGACAACUCCAUUCCAUUUGAUCACAUGGACUUGCCAGGCCAUUUCAUAGUGUGGGCUGCUAGUCCAGAGGGAGCGUUUUUGGAGGGAAAGCUUAUUUGGAGUAACUGGGACGUGGAAGAGCUGAAGGAGCGAAAGGAGGAGCUCCAAGGUGGGGAAAAGUUGACCAUGGUAUUGAAUGGAUGGCCACGGAAGGAUUGA